AUGAUUGAAUCACUCUUCGUGCUCUCCCCGACAGGAAAGGUCAUCAUCGAAAAGCACUGGCACGAGCUAAUCCCUCGUCGUGUGGUCGACUACUUCAAUGAGCAGGUCUCAAAAGCAAUAGCUUCAGGCGAGGAUCUCACCCGGGAGGAUGUCCUGCCCAUCAUCUCUUCACCAAAGUACCAGCUCAUCAACGUCUACCGCGACGGCCUCACCUAUCUUAGCCCAAUAACAAAAGAAGUCGAUCCCAUGAUGGUCUUUGAGUUUCUGCAUCGUAUCCCGGAUAUCAUGCAAGAGUACUUUGGACAGGUCUCAGAAACAGUUAUCAAGGAAAACUUUGUCACGGUCUACCAGCUUCUGGAAGAGAUGAUGGACGACGGAUUUCCGCUCACAACAGAACCCAAUGCUCUCAAGGAGAUCGUCCCUGCUCCCAACCUCAUCAACACGGUUAUCACCACUAUGGGCGCCACCACCUCGGCCUCAACCCGCAAAAUGCCCCAUGGCAUGUCCAACCUGCCCUGGCGGAAGGCCGGUGUCAAAUAUACGAGGAACGAGAUCUUUUUCGAUAUCGUGGAAGAGAUCGAUGCCAUUGUGGAUUCGACAGGCAAAGCCGUCUCGUGUGAGGCCCACGGUACCAUUCAGACUAAUUCUAGGCUUUCUGGUAUGCCCGAUCUGACACUCAGUUUCGUGAACCCACGGUUGGUGGAUGACUGCAGUUUCCACCCUUCAGUACGUUUUAACAAGUGGGAAUCGGACAAGGUCUUAUCCUUUGUCCCACCAGACGGGCACUUUCGUCUUAUGAGUUAUCGAGUUAACUUGCCUAGCCAACAAAACCUGCCUGUGCAGGUCAAGCCCUCAAUCAACAUUGGAGCGAACGGCGCAAAAUUCGAUAUCACUGUCAGUCUGCGGAACACCGAGGGUAAACCCCUUGAGAAUGUGGUCUUGACAUUACCCCUCCACAAAUCUACGACCACCUUGACGGCCCAUUGCAAUGUCGGCCAAUACAUGUUUGAUCCCGUAGGAAAGGUCCUCCGCUGGGAUAUCGGGAAGAUCGUUCCACGCGAACGUGCUCCUGUCCUCUCUGGAUCUUUUGGAUUUGGCACUUCAAGCGAAGCAGCUGCGAAUGCAGGAUACAAUAUCGGGGUCGAGUUCGUGAUCAAUUCACAUUCGCUCUCUGGACUCAAGGUUGAUGUGCUUAAGCUUUUUAACGAGUCCUAUAAACCAUAUAAGGGUGUCAGGACCAUGACCAAAGCAGGCAGAUAUCAGGUCCGCGCAUGA